CUCCGCUUGCAAUGCAUGUGAAGAAGAAGAAGAAGAAGAAGAAGCAGAAGCAGCAGCGCUAGCUCCAUCCCGAGGGCAGCGAUGAGCUCAGUCAGGCUCCAUCACUGACACGGCUGUGUUCAAUAAGCGAAGCAUUGGCGAGCAGAUGGUCCAGAAAGUGGAAGCUGCGUCCACCUCCUCCUGGUCUCCAGUUGAGAAUCCCUUCCUUGUGUGUGCAAGUUAACUGUGUGCACAUUGCAUGCGUGUUAACUCCCUCUAGGUGUGUGUGUGUGCGUGUGUGUGUGUUGUGUGUCAGUCAUUCCCUCCCUGUCCACCAUGUCCCUGUGUCCCCUGAAGUCCCAGCCCAAUCCUCUGGUGUGUCUUCGCCUCCUCUGCCUGCUGCUGCUCCUCACUGACUCCUCCUCCUCCUCCAUAGCACCCGAAGAUGUCACAGUUCCAGCCAACCCAACUGCCACAACACAAGCUAACUACUCCAUUGCGUGUAAUGAUGGGGAUGUCAGUGAAAAUGCAGCUAAUGUUUCCUGUAAGACCAUCGAUGUGCAAACCAGCCCACUAAAGAAGAGUUUGCCCUCUCUCGCAGACCCUGACGAUGGUCAGAACUUCAGUGUGAACGGGGACCAGUCCUCCUCUUCAUCCAGCACCCACACCUCUGUCAGCUCCAAAUUAAACGGGCCUAUACGCCCCUUAAUGCCACUCAACCAAUCUGCAGGAGGAAACCCUUCACCCAAGGCCUCACCAGCCGAUCAGCAGUCAGACUAUCAACUUUCAUUACCAGAGAAUGGCACUCAGCAUGCAGCCGUACUUCUUUCUAACACCACAGGCUCCUCCACUCUGGCUGGUCAGACUGGAUCCAUUACAAGCACUGGUGAUGCUCAGCCUGAUAGGAAUGAUUACACAACCACUUUACUGGUGACUUCUACAGCCACAACCACACCCAUGCCUACAACAAACACCACAACAAAAAGACCCACUACAACAACUACCACAACAACACCCACGUCAACAACCACCACAACAACACCCACUGGAACAACUUCCACUACAACAACAACAACAACAACAACCACUACAAAACCAACAAUAAUCUCUACAACACCCGGGUCAACAACCACAUCAAUGUCCACAACAACAGCAGCACCACACCCUGCAACAACGAUAAAAGCAAAAUCCACACUUGCAAGUGCUAAAACAACUGUCACUACAACCGCAAGUCCAAAAAUGACACCUCCAUCAUCCGUUGCCAUGCCACAGCCAAAUGCCCCAAGUACUGGGACGCCACCAAUUCAUACCCAAACUGCUGCCAGUGCCACCCCCCCUGCCAAGGAACCAGCAGGCUCUGGAACAAGGGUUGCCAUGGUAGAAGUAGCAGGGGGCGCUCUGACCAGGCAGCUGGUGGAUACAGCGUCUUUAUUGGCUAUCCUGCUCUUCGGCCUGCUCUUCUUCGUGGUCGCAGUGGCCGUGUUCAUCACACAGGCCUACGAGAGCUACAGGAGGAAGGACUACACCCAGGUGGAUUACUUGAUCAAUGGCAUGUACACAGACUCGGGGGUGUAAAGGUGGAAGAGGCGAAGCACAACUUGUGGAGAGUGUUUUUUUUGUACGUGGAGUCAGAGAUUAUUGAUGGGAUGAUGGACACGAUGUUGCUUUGAGUUCACAAGGCGAUCUAUUUGUCUGGAUUAAAUUGACCACUGAAGUGACUAGAGCAUUUACUGAUCAGUUUCAUCACAAAAUGAAAUACUGCAUUUAACUUUGUUCUUCAUUCUUCUUCUUUGAUGGUUUGGAUUCAAAGAGUUUGGCUUGUCCCAUCCAGGGUGACUGAACCAAUCGCCAUGCUCACAGGUAACUAAGGUAUAAUUUUGCCAGAAAAAAAGACAAUUAUUUUUGUUGUUUUGCAAAAAUGGUUUCUAGAUGAAAGAUAAAUCUGGGUUUGAUUUAUUUUUUUAACUGCAGAUGAUUGCAGUCCCACAGAAGUCUUCUUCUCAUUAAAGACCAUGGCUUACACUUUUUUUUAAAAUUUCAACAAAUUACAUCUAAUUUGGAAUUUGCUCAAAUCUGUUGAAAUGCAAAAUAAAUGGGCCCAAUAUCCUGUUCAGGACCAAAGCAUCAGGCAAUCUGAGAUGUGACUUGUCGCACUUCAUUCGACAAAGUCACUAAACAUUUAAAAGCAAUGUUCGAGAGCAAACCCAAUCUCUCAACCCAUUGUUGAAUUUAAUUCUUUUUUUGAAGAAAUACCAGCCGGUAGCACUAUUGUUCCAUGAAGGAGAUCAGACCUGGGCUUGAACUGGCCUCUUCCAUACUUAAAUUCAAAGUAAAUGACCAUGUGGAAAAACCUCAGGAUUCCACAGAAGAAUGAGAGUUUUCUCAAAGACAUUAGAACUUGACACAGGUACUGCUGCCAGCUGAAUACAGUGGACGGUGUAUUACCGCUGCUCUGCACAUUAAGUCUCCCCAGAUGGGGUCUGUUCAUACAGUGUGGUGUCUGGUUUAGUCAGAGAGAGAGAGACAUCGUCUGUCAUCAUUUUCAAGCCAUCGAAUUGAUGAUGACGCAUCAUCUGUCAGUGUGUGACUGCUGGCGCACGCUUCAUGAGGUUUGUUUCAUAUGUUUGUUUGUCUGCUUUGCUUAGUGAUGACGUUUGAGUCUGACAGACAUAAAACUAUGACAGAAAAACUGGCUGAUUCAGUUCAUGCUGAGAAAUGAGGAAAUCCAUCCAGGUUACUUACAAUUAAACUUUCCCUUUAGAAAACAGUUCACAUCAGGCCGAGCAGCAGAACGGUCUUAUUCAUGCCCAUUACAAGAGCAGCUGGUUUACUCACAAAACCUGCUGCAUGUUGGACUGAGAGCUGGUGGAAAUUAAUCCAACGUGACUUUUCACUGAAGCUUUGGGUGCAUUUUAAGACUAAGACAGGUCUGUAGAGAACAGACUGUGGUUGUAGUUAUUCUGUGUUUACCCACAUGAAAUAUGACUGACGGAGAUGGUAUGAUUGUAUGUGCAGAUUUUUCUGUUUUUUGUUACUUUAAAAGCAUUACAUUUUGGGAAAUAGGUUUGUUUGCUGUAAAACAAUGCACGAGAAAAUGCUCUAUUAUUUACAUAGUCCUGGAUGUUUAGGUUAGUUUAGCACUGUGCUGUGGUCAGAUUCGAUUUUUCUGGGCCCAAGUCCCACCAAAUUGUUGAGGAAAUCAGCUCAGUAGUUUUGUCGUAAUCCUGCUGACAAACAAAUAGUUGGGUUAAAAAAAAUAAAAACAACCUAGACUGUAUUUAAAAAAUGGACGUAGUCACCAGGUCUGGAAAAUGAAGCCAAUGACAAACUUAACUUCUUUGGCGAAGCUUGCAAUUCCAAAGCCAUCUAAUUUAGCUGGUCGCAACACGUUCAGUUCAAAAUGAUCUGUUUUCCAAACCAGGCUUCCCUCAUUGAUGGUGUGACAUCUCUGCAGUUUUCUUCAUUUGAUGUUGUCAUUGCAAACAUUGACUCAUGGGAACAGGUGCAUACCAGAUAGUUCAUAUAUUUUCCUCAUGGUGAAUGUAUUUUUAACACUUAUGUCUUCAGUAUGAAUCCACUGUCUUUCCCUGUCCAUGACCAACUUGUGGGUUGAAUUUAGUUGAUGAUUAUUCCUUAAGCUUAAUAUGGACUCAUGUUUUUGUUUCAAUGUCAUUUAUUUCACAAUUGUUACUUCAAUAUAACAUGUUUCUACUUUAUUUUCUUAUAAUUCAACUGUGAUAUCAUAAUUACUGCAUGGGGUUUGUCGUGACAAAAGUAGUGGGUGGAUGGGGCAUCACAAACUGAAUAAAUAUUAAUAUAUUACAUAGAGAUUUUAAACUUCAACUUCACCUAGGUUGCUGCAUCGGAUCAAGUUGUCCCGCAUCUGUGAUCUACCUAUUGCCAUAUAUAAUAAUUUAUGGAAUAUUUACCAUAAAGUUAUAUUUAUUUUUAGACCCUCUAAUUGAGGGGUGUUUAUGAAAAAGCAUCUUUCCCACUUCAAAAUAAAAAAAAAAUAUUUUAAGACAUUUGUACACAGGAAGCUAUUUGAAAGUGAACAUAAUUACAUAUGUGAAGUUUGAAUUAGAAAUCUGUACGUAAAAUAUUAGCAUUUAUCCAGUUUUGUGAUGUGUGCAGUUGUAAAACUGUUCUACGUUUGCACAGAUUGCUUCGUAUUUGUGCCCCUAAAGUUACGCGCAAAUCAUUGUACGCAUUUGUAACUCUUAUCUUUCAGAUCAUGUGAUACACAUUUGUGACCAUGUUGAGAAUAAUUUCUGUCCAUAUAAUUUCAGUUCAUUAUUCAGAGUCUUGAUUCAGACGUUAUGAAAGUAAAUGCAAUAUGAGAGGAGAGAUGUGACAGUAACCCCUGUGACAUCGGCCCAGUAGUUUUUGGGUAAACCUGCUGACAGACAAACGGCACAUGUCUUAUUGGCCCACUUACCCCAAUAGGUGAUAUUUUCAAUAGUUCUCAAUGAUUUUGGGGUGUUUAAUAAGUAAAACAUGAUAGAAAUCCUAGAAGUCAGUGUCCAUGCUGAAGACUGAAUUACUGUUGCCUUUUCUCUUUUUGCCAUCACUUUAUUUUUUUUUUUAAAGUUUGACCUCUUCUGAGGGGUUCAUGGUGGAUGGACCUUUGCCAAAUAGUCACUGAAGCACAUUAUUGCAUGAUAAAGCCAAGGGAAAUGUAAAGCCAUUGUCAGUGUGUGACUGAUUGAAAUGCAGAUUUAUGGAUGGAUCUGUAAACUCACACAGCAGAUGUCUUCAAAUUAAGAUCUACAAUUAGUUAUGUAUUUCUAAUGUUUACAAUGUAUUGGACUUUUUUUUUUUCCUGCCAUAACUGAUCUGUUGUUUCUUCAGGUUUCUUUAGGUUUGGACAUGAACAUAAGAGGCCAUCAGUAUGGAAGCAGAGAGAGGCUUUGUUUACAAAGAUUAAUUUUUGCACUAUCUGGACAAAAAUAAAUGUUCUUCUCAUUAAAAUUUGAUCUUUAUAUGAUAAAUAACAUUGUUUAUUGUGAUAAUACUACAAAGGGCUGUCACAAUAUACCGGUAAUGACAAUAAUCGUAUCAUUUUAAAAAUAAUUAUUCAUCUGAUAAAUUAAACGUUAUAUUAAAGUAAUACUGCUACUAUUAAUAAUAGUGGUUAAUACAUUAACAGGAAAAUUGGUCCAUCUAUGAUCGCUCUGACCACCAAUGAGCUAAUCAUCAAUCUGCACUAGAUUUUUGUAGUACAUUUGAUACAUUAUUAUUAUUAUUAAUAAUAAUAAUAAUAAUAAUACAAAUUCCAUAGAUAUCCUGAUGAUAUUAACAUAGAUUAUUUUGGCCACAAUAAUCGUAACUGAAAAUGUGAUAUUGUGACCGCCUUUAGUUUGUGUUUUGAAAAUUACAUAAAUAGCCAUGGCCACUCUUGGCUUACACACAAGGUGUCAUCUUAUGUCUUUUUCACAAUCUGUGUCUAACCGUUUUCCCAUCAUCACACAAUAAUUAUUUGUUGAUGUCAGGUUGAGCUCACCACCCUAAUAACAUUCAGAACAAUGUUUGAUUCAGACAUCAGGUAAUUACUGCCUUAUGACUGGUAUUUAGUGACAACUACCUUUGUGGACUCAUGCAUUGUUCACUCAUGAUCCUGAGAAAAUCAUUUGGGUGAUGCCAAGAUCAGCUUAAAUGAUUAUUGGAAACAAAAGGCUUCUCCUUCUUUAAGAUUGACCUGAAUGUUGUGUUUGUCUAAGUGAUGACACAUUGUGGUAAACAAAAAGUCCUGGAUGAUUUCAUGGUGGAGCACUUUCAAGAUGUGAGGAUUUUGACUGUGUUCACUGUUUUCGCUGUGUGCCAACUAAUGCACUUUGAAACUACAUUUUUACUUAAGAGAGAAUAAAUAAUAUUGAAGAACCAAA